UCGCCGGCUUUAGUAGGCUGUUGGAAAGAGACAGGAGAGGGUCUAGUUAGUGAGAGUGAUCUAUCGUCUUUUUGUUUUGUUUCAAUUCCUUACUAGCGGAAUAAAACUACCAACAUGGAGGUCGAACCAUUAAGACCUAUCGAUGAUAACAAAACUGUGGUGGGGAAAGUGAAGAAAAGUGAAAACAAGCGACUUUCUGUUGAGAGAAUCUAUCAAAAGAAAACCCAGUUGGAGCAUAUAUUGCUCCGUCCUGAUACCUACAUUGGUUCUGUAGAGCCUUUGACACAGCAAAUGUGGGUAUAUGAUGAAGAGGAAGGAAUAAACUGCAGAGAUGUAACAUUUGUUCCUGGAUUGUAUAAAAUUUUUGAUGAAAUACUGGUUAAUGCUGCUGAUAAUAAGCAGAGGGACCCAACAAUGUCUUGCAUAAAGAUUACAAUUGAUCCAGAGAAUAACACUGUCAGUGUGUGGAACAAUGGGAAAGGAAUUCCUGUUGUUGAACACAAAGUAGAAAAGGUUUUUGUACCUGCUCUGAUCUUUGGACAGCUGUUGACCUCAAGUAACUAUGAUGAUGAAGAAAAGAAAGUUACAGGUGGUCGCAAUGGUUAUGGUGCCAAACUAUGUAAUAUAUUCAGUACCAAGUUUACUGUUGAAACUGCGUGUAGAGAGUCCCGGAAGGUCUUCAAACAGACCUGGACAGACAACAUGUUGAAAGCAGGCGAAGCAAAGAUUAAACCUUUUGAUGGGGAGGAUUUCACCUGUAUCACUUUUAAGCCUGAUCUGAGCAAGUUCAAGAUGGAUGUCUUGGACAAGGACAUUGUUGCCCUUAUGUCUCGAAGAGCCUAUGAUGUUGCUGGGUCUUCAAAAGGGGUGAAGGUUUUCCUGAAUGGGAAAAAACUUCCUAUAACCAAUUUCCGUAGUUACGUUGAACUCUACACAAAAAAUAAGUUGGAUGAAACUGGUAAUCCUCUAAAGAUAUUGCAUGAAGUGGCAAAUGAUCGAUGGGAAAUAUGUUUGACCAUGAGUGAGAAGGGCUUCCAGCAAAUCAGCUUUGUCAACAGCAUUGCUACCACAAAGGGCGGUAGACAUGUUGAUUAUGUUGCAGAUCAGAUUGUAACAAAGCUUAUUGAAGUUGUGAAAAAGAAAAAUAAGGGUGGAAUUUCUGUCAAACCAUUCCAGGUGAAAAACCACAUGUGGCUCUUUGUGAACUCUUUGAUUGUGAACCCAACAUUUGAUUCUCAGACAAAAGAGAACAUGACUUUGCAAGCAAAGAGCUUUGGAUCCAAAUGUUCACUUUCAGAGAAAUUUAUGAAAGCUGCAACUUCCUGCGGAAUUGUGGAAAGUAUCCUAAACUGGGUAAAGUUUAAAGCACAGACCCAACUAAAUAAGAAGUGUUCUGCUGUAAAACACACAAAGAUCAAGGGAAUUCCUAAGCUAGAUGAUGCAAACGAUGCAGGAAGUAAAUAUUCUGGAGAUUGCACACUAAUUCUGACUGAAGGUGACUCAGCCAAGUCUUUGGCUGUGUCUGGUCUUGGUGUGGUUGGAAGGGAUAGGUAUGGUGUAUUCCCGCUUAGAGGCAAACUUCUCAAUGUACGAGAAGCUUCUCAUAAGCAGAUCAUGGAGAAUGCUGAAAUCAAUAACAUCAUCAAAAUUGUAGGACUGCAGUAUAAAAAGGAUUAUCAGGAAACAGAAUCUCUAAAGAGCCUUCGAUACGGAAAGAUCAUGAUCAUGACAGAUCAGGAUCAAGAUGGCUCCCACAUUAAAGGUUUGCUGAUCAACUUUAUCCAUCACAACUGGCCGUCUCUGCUUAGACACCGUUUUCUUGAAGAGUUUAUCACUCCAAUCAUCAAGGUCACAAAAAACAAGCAAGAGCUUUCAUUCUAUAGUAUACCUGAGUUUGAGGAGUGGAAGAACAAUACAGAGGGACACAAAGGCUGGAAAAUAAAGUACUACAAAGGUCUGGGAACCAGUACAUCUAAGGAGGCUAAGGAAUACUUUGCAGAUAUGGAAAAACAUCGUAUUCCUUUUAAAUAUUCUGGACCUAUUGAUGAUGCUGCGAUCACUCUGGCCUUUAGUAGGAAGAAGAUUGACGAGCGUAAGGAAUGGCUAACAAACUUCAUGCAGGACCGAAGAGAGAGGAGACUCCAUGGCUUACCUGAGGAUUACUUGUAUGGAAAAACUACCAGUUAUUUAACCUUCAACGACUUCAUUAACAAGGAGCUUAUUCAGUUUUCAAAUUCUGACAACGAAAGGUCUAUCCCGUCCCUAGUUGAUGGGUUCAAGCCUGGUCAGAGAAAAGUAUUGUUCACUUGCUUUAAAAGAAAUGACAAGAGAGAAGUUAAAGUGGCACAGUUGGCUGGGUCUAUAGCUGAAAUGUCUGCGUACCAUCAUGGUGAGGCAUCCUUGAUGAUGACUAUAAUCAAUUUAGCGCAAAACUUUGUGGGAAGCAAUAAUAUCAACCUCUUACAACCUCUUGGACAGUUUGGCACCAGACUGCAUGGUGGAAAAGAUGCUGCUAGCCCUCGAUACAUUUUUACAAUGCUAAGCUCCCUGACUCGCCUGCUCUUUCCCCCAACGGAUGACAGUGUCUUGAAAUUUUUGUAUGAUGACAACCAGAAAGUAGAGCCAGAGUGGUAUAUUCCCAUUAUUCCCAUGGUGCUGGUGAACGGUGCAGAGGGUAUUGGUACUGGAUGGGCCUGCAAAAUUCCAAACUAUGAUGUCCGUGAGAUUGUGAACAAUAUCCGUCGGAUGAUGGAUGGUGAAGAGCCUAAUCCAAUGCUUCCAAGUUACAAGAAUUUCAAGGGAGUAAUUCAGGAGCUUGGUCCAAAUCAGUACAUUUUUAAUGGGGAAGUUUCUGUGCUUGAUACAACGACCAUUGAAAUUUCGGAGCUGCCAGUAAGAACCUGGACACAGACUUACAAGGAGCAAGUGUUGGAGCCUAUGCUGAAUGGUACAGAGAAGACUCCUCCUCUGAUUGUGGAUUAUAAAGAAUACCACACAGACACCACUGUGAGGUUCAUUGUGAAGAUGACGGAAGAGAAACUUGCAGAGGCUGAAGCAGCUGGAUUGCACAAAGUUUUCAAGCUUCAGACUGCACUUACAUGUAACUCUAUGGUACUUUUUGACCACGUGGGAUGUUUGAAGAAAUAUGAAACAGCCCUGGACAUCUUACGUGAAUUCUUCGAGCUGCGACUUCGUUAUUAUGGGCUAAGGAAGGAUUGGAUGUUGGGCAUGCUAACUGCAGAGGCAUCUAAACUCAGCAAUCAAGCUCGCUUUAUCCUGGAGAAGAUAGAGGGAAAGCUAGUCAUUGAAAAUAAGCCGAAAAAAGAGAUCAUACAAAUGCUUAUCCAGAGAGGAUAUGAUUCUGAUCCAGUAAAAGUCUGGAAGGACACUCAAGCAAAGGAGGAAGCUGGCGAGCUGCUAGAAGAUGAAGAAACUGAGGAAACUGAAGCUAAAAGCAGUGGGCCAGAUUUCAAUUACCUUUUGAACAUGCCUAUGUGGUACCUGACCAAGGAGAAAAAGGAUGAAUUGUGUAAGCAGAGAGACACAAAGAAUGCUGAGUUAGAAGAUCUGAAGAGAAAAUCUCCCUCUGAUUUGUGGAAGGGAGACCUUGCGGCUUUUAUUGAUGAGCUUGAUCGUGCAGAAGCUAAAGAGCAGGCGGAAGAGAAAUCUGCUGUUGCUGGCAAAGUGGUAAAGGGAAAGAAUGGACGACCUCAGGUGAAGAAAAUGCAACUGCAAGAGGUUAUGCCAUCUCCGCAUGGAAGGAGAGUUAUCCCAAGGGUCACUACAGCAAUGAAAGCAGAAGCUACCAAAAAAAUAAAGAAAAGGAUUAAGGGAGAAGAUGUUGCAAAAAAGAUGGAGUUUGGAGAAGAUGAAGAUAUGUCAAUGAAUUCUCCAGAGCACAGUCCAGAAGAAAAGAGUUUGUCUGAAAGAUUGGCACAAAAAGUGAAAAAAGAGCCAGGUCCAAAAGAGACAAAAGGAAAAAAGCAGGCAACACUCCCAUUUAAACCAGUAAAGAGAGAGCCUAAAAUGUCAAUGUCUGGGAGUGAUACUGAGGAUGAAGAAAUAGUACCUCGCCUUGCCCAGCCACGUCGUGCUGCAGCAAAAGUGACUUAUAACAUUGAUUCUGAUGAGCUCAGCGAUGAAGAUAGUGCAAAAAAAUUGUCGCCUAAAGACAUGAGCGAGUCCAGUUUCUGUUCUGAGUUUGAUAUUGAUGGAGAAGAUGAGUCUUUUGUUGCCAAACCUAAACGUCCAGCCAAACCAAAAGCUGCCCCAAGAUCUAAAGUGAUAAAAGCUGCAAGUCAAGAAGCCCAACCAAAGGCAGAGAAGACCAAGGCUGUAACGAGACCUGCAAGCCCACCUAAAGCACCAAAUAUUGAAAAGGUUACCUCAAUUGAAAUUGAUAGUGAAGAUGAGGCUCUGGUCAAGACAAGCAUGCCAGCGUUCUCUAGUGCCCCAGCGGCUACAGAAAAGCCUGCACCAAAGAAGCGCAGCAGAAAACCUACUGUCAACAAAAAUGACAAACAGCCUUCUAUUUUGGAAGCUUUGUCUAAACCAAAACCUGUCAAAAAAGUUGCAAGCAAAUCAACUGCUGUAGAGAAGAGAACUUCUGGCUCAGAUGAUGAUUUUCCAGCUACCAAAAAGCCUGCAAAGACAGCUAAACCUCGUAAAAGAAAGACCUCUGAUACAGAUGAUUCUGAUUCCGACUUUGGUCUGAAUAAGAAAUCCACAGCAGUCAAGAAAUCUAAAACAUUUGGAGGAGAUUUUGAAGCAGACAUCCUUUCUUAUUCUGAUGAAGACAGUGCUGCACCCCGUAAACGAACAGGGCGAACUAAGAAAGCUGUGACCUACAUUGAGGACUCUGAUGACGAACUUUAACUUCAAGAUUUUUUUUCAAUUUAGGUUCCCUUAAUUAACCCAAGGACAUGGCAGCUAUAAAGUUUUUAUUUAUAAAAAAAAAAAAAAUGAAGUGCACUUAAAUUUUAGAAUAAAAGGUAUUGCCAUUUUUUUCAAGCCAACAACCUGCCAUUUAAUAGUCCCUAUUUUCCCAAGGUUUUGAUGUUUACAUAUCUUAACCCAAUGUGCUUUUAUAAUGCUAGUUUUGUUAGUUCUUUACCAUGUUUGUUUUCUUUGUAACAUAUAGCUAUUGCAUUUUUUAAAUAUUCUUUGAAAUACUGUAAGAUUUAUGGACUAAAUAUUUUUACUUUUUAAUGCUUUCAUUUGAUUGAAGGUUUAUGUUCACAAACAAUUCAUGCAGACCCCGUUUUAUAUUUUCUAUUGUACAUACCUUUUGUGGAGUGCUGAUAUUUUAUGUGUUGUAUAUAUUUUCUUUCUUCUUUUGUAAUAAAGAACUUUUCACACA